CUUCUUUCCCCCUUUUUCCAGGUGUAAACGAGAGAGAGACAGAUGGGAAAGACCUUUUUGGAAGAAAGUGAAGUAGAAAGUGCGCCUCUUUUCCCGCCUCCCCCCGACGCGAACGCGUUCGGGGAUGCGACGUGCGUGCGCGAGUGACGUGUUCACCUGCUGCCAGGUAUGACCACCGAAGUGGAACCCAAGAAGAACAGGCGGGAGGCCGAUGAAGUCAUGAAUGGCCCCCUCGUCACCUGGGUGCGGUCCCUGCACGAGGCCAACUCGAGUCUGCAAUGCGAGGAUCUCACCCUGCGAAGCCUCACUCAAGGAUCCGCCCUGCUGGACAUCAUGUCCACCAUAGAUCAGAGGGUGACAGCAGCGGUGCAUCCAGACAAAGACGAUCUCGUGUUUCGUCUCAAGAACAUUCAUUCCUUGGUCAAGGCCAUCCAGAACUUUUACCAUGACAUGUUGGGCCAAUUGGUCGUGUGCCGGCUGCCGAACGUGCUGCUCCUGUCGCGAGACCCGGGGAGCGAGGACUCCCUGGAUCACCUGAAGCGGCUGCUGCUGCUCCUCCUCGGCUGCGCCGUGCAGUGCUCCCAGCGGGAGGACUUCAUCAACAAUAUCAAGCUGCUGGGCUUGGAUGUGCAGCAUGCCAUCGUGUCGUGCAUCCAACAGGUGACGGACAAUCUGGAGACCGUGUGGCCCGUGGAGUGGACGGAGCUGUCGCUGGUCCCCGAAGAGCAGCAGGCCCUGGCCUUCUCCGUCCUGGUCUCCCACCUCAAAAGCAUCAUCAACGAAAGGGAUUCGUACCUCCAGCACCUGGUGGAGAGCCAGUGCAAGGAAUCCUCGACACCGAAGUCCCAGAGCGGGAAGUGCAACGGGCACGGCCCGCCCUCGGCGGCCAUCCCGUACGGCCAGGCGAACGGGUGCCCCGAGAGCGACAGGGGGUCGAAGCUGCAGGGGGAUGCGUCCCAGGACCUUCAUCACGUCAUGGUGGAGCUGGCCGACUCCAAGGCCAAGAUCAGGAGGCUCAGACAGGACCUAGAGGAGAAGACUGAACUGAUCUCAGAAGCCAGCGAGGAGCUGGAGUCCUUGAAGGAGCAAGUGGGGAAAUUCAGACACGAGAACCUGACCCUGGUCCAGGAGGCAAGGACUGCCAAGGCGCUGCGGGACGAGCUGGACAUGAUCCGGGAGAAGGCCGACCGGGCGGAUCAGCUGGAAUCGGACCUCCAGCGAUUCCGGGAGAAACUGUCCGACGUCGAGUUCUACAGGGCCAGGGUGGAUGAACUCAGGGAGGAUAAUCGGCUCCUGGUCGAGACGAAGGACCUCCUCGAGGAGCAGAUCGACGGGUUGCGAAAGAGGCAGGAGUCCCUCCUCCACCUGGAGACGGAGCUUCUUCAGUGCCGAUCGCAGAUCCACUCCCUGCAGCUGGAUCGAGACGCCGAUCAGACCAGGAUCGAGGAGCUGGUGGAGGAAAAUUCCCGCCUCCUUCUGUGCAACCGAUCCCAGCUUGAUGAGUCUCACAGCCUCCUGGCUGAGUUGGACAGACUGAAGUAUGGUGCAGAAGGCAAUACCAGUCUGAGUGAAGAAUUGAGCAGCGAUGCCUGCACUCAACUCAGGAAGCUGGAGUAUGAAAACCAGAGACUCCAAUCUCUCCUCGACCAGCUCAGGGAUCAAGGUCAACGAGAUGCUAAUGAAAGGAUACUUGAGUUGGAAAGGGAGAACAAGAGACUAUCCUUGAAGGUGGAGCAGCUCCAGGAAGCGCAGCAGAAGGAGAGUUCCCGCUGUGUCGAUCUGGAGUCUCAACUGCACGAGGUGCAGGACGAGACCAAACGUCUCAAAGAGACUCUCGAAAUGGUGAAAGAGCAUGGAAACCGACAAAUACAGGAGCUCCAACGAGAGAAACAGGGCUUGGAAGAGCUGGUCGAGAAGCUGCGCGAUCGAGAGACCCAGUCGACAGAUGCAAGGAUCCACCAGAUCGAUGAGGACAAUUGCAGACUUCAGGAGUCAGUGCAGCAGUUGGAAGCCCAGGUCUCUCGUCUGGAAUAUGAGAAAGCGCAGCUGGAGAAGGCCCACACCCGUCUUCAAGUUGCUCACAAUUCUCUUGCCGAGAGUGAGACCGAAAAGCAGCGCCUUCAAUCAGAGAAACAAGACCUAAUCAAGGCAUUGGCAGCCAUGAAAGCAUCCUGUGAAGAAUAUGAUAAAAUGGAGCAGAAAUAUUAUGAACUCCAGGUUGAAUACUCUAAACUCCAAAAAUCAUUGGAUUCAGCUAGAGAAGCAUCUAAAAAGUAUGAUGAUCUGAAAGUGGAGCACACCAGCUUGUCUUUGGAGAAGGAGCAGAUGCAGAGACGAAUGGAUCGAUGGGAAAAUAUCAAACAGAGAGCCAUCCAAGCUGAAGAAGAAAAAGAAUCUCUAUCAUCACAGCUUACAGAGGUGAAGACUGCUCUUCACCAAGUUCAGGCUGAGACAGGAAGGCUUCAGACCCUGGAGAUAGAAUUGCAAAAUGCAAACGAAGAGAGAGCCACCCUGAAGCACAGUUUGGAGUUGAUUGAGUCACGCCUGGAGGCAGUGACAAGGGAGAAGGAAAGUCUGGAGUCAGAGAAAAACAAGCUGGAGAACAACGUGCACGGGUCGGCAACUCGCGUAGAAGAGUUGGAGAGAGAGAAGAGUGGACUGGAAGCAGACAAGGAGCAGCUGACCCAGGACAACAAGACCCUUGGGAAGGAAGUCAGUCGACUGAAGCAGACCCUGGAGGGCAAAGAUUCAGCUCUCGAUGAGUCCUCCCUCAAGAUCUCGGCCUUGGAGCAGGAGUGCAGGCUCUUGACCAGGGAACUUGAAGGCAUUAAGCAGCAUGCAGCUAGGUUGCCUGAACUGGAAAGAGAGCACAGUGAAGUGAUCCAGCAGCGAGCUAUGGAGAAUCAGAUGCUGUCAGCCCUACGAGAAGACCUCAUCCAGGAGAAGAUGCGGAGCCAGCAGCUCACUGCACAGCUCGACCUCCUCACGGCCGAGUUGCAGCGCAUGGGCAUCCAGCAGGAGAGGAUUGCCAACAGCCAGAAGGAUGAGACUCACUUCAAGGCACUUCAGACUCUUCUGGAAGAGGCCCUAAAGAAGAACAUGGAAGUGAAGGAGGAGAAGAUCUCUGCUCUAGAGUCCCGUCUUCAGGAUGCGACCAAUCGCAAUGCCGAGUUGAAAGCGGAGCUCCAGGCCCUCAGGAGACAGCAUGAAACCUUGUGUCAGCAACCUAGUGACAAACGAGAUGCAUCAGGAGCAUCUGAGAUCCUUGCUCUCAAGGAUCAUCUUGUAUCCGUCGAGCGUGAGAAUGCAACUCUUCAAGCUGACAACAAAAGCCUCAUGAGCCAAACAUCCCAAGCUCAAGAGCAAGUGGCAUCUCUUCAGACUCAGAUGUCAACCCUCCAAGCCCAGGCCUCAGCCCUGGCUCAGCAGAACGCUUCCCUCCAACAGCAGAACGCGAAUCUUCAGGCCCAGAAGCAGCUGGAGGACCUGAAGGCAACUCAUGAUCGUGUGCAGAAUGCAGCAUCUGGCCAAGAAGACCUCGGCAAACUUAGGGAGACUCUCGAGAAGGAGCGUGAAGCAGUCAAGGCAGAAGCGAAGGCAUUGAGUAAUCUGAGAUCUGAACACUCACGCCUCAAGGAUGACUUCAGGAGUCUGUUUGCUGCAAGCGAAAGACUGAAGACCGAGUACCGCAGCCUCCAGGCGGACUACAAGGGAGUGAAAGCAGAAAAUAACAAUCUAAAGCUGCGCAGCACUGAACUGCAUGGGCAGUUAGAUGAAGCCCAGCAUAAAGUGUCAUCCCUGGACCUUCAGGUCACCAAACUCAGCCACAAGUGUGAAAUCCUAUCCUCCCUGAACUCUACGCUGGAUGAGGAACGUCGUCAGCUGAUGAGCCAGGUUUCGGUGCUGUUGACUCAGUAUCACGAUCUCCUCACGCAUACGCUGGAAGAUCGUGAGCACUUCCACAACGAAGAGAGGAACUACGUGGACAAGAUGAACGACCUCAGACGUCAGAAAGAGAAAUUGGAGGAGAAGAUCAUGGAACAGUACAGACGGAUGGAGAGCGUGUCCCGCAAACGAGGCUUCGGAUCGAACCUGGUGCGAAGGAUGCGCAAGGCCGGGUCGGAAAUAAUGCAGCGCGUCCCUCCUCGUUCGAGUCGGAGUCGGGAGAGACGACCGCUGUCCUUCUCGGGAGGUUUGGACCGAGACAGUCACGAUUCGGCCUCUCUCGCCUCAACAGGAAUGUCUGGGUCUUCUGGUGACUCUGGGACAGAAGGAGGAGGAACGAAUAGGUCAUCACCACAUAGUACUGGUGAAGAUGGGAUCUCAGAGCUUAGCCUUCAAGCAGAAGAGGAAGAGGAUGAGGAGGAAGAUGAAGGAGGAGAAGAAGGAGAGAUGAAGAAGAAAAAUUCAAUGCAUCAUCGAAGUUCUCUCCCAAUACUCUUUCACACCGGAGGCACCACCACCACCACUGGCAAUCACGACAGCCUGUCGUCCGAUGAAAUCGCCAGCCUUCGUUUCACCACCCCGCCUGAUACGCAGGCUCUCCUCAAGAAGCUCAUAGGAGACGAUCCUAAAAGGGAUGUGAGAAGGAGCCGAUUGAGUCUGGGGAACGUCGGGACGAGAAGAGCCGUGUAUUACAGCGACGAGCACGACACCAUCCCGACGAGAGACGUUGGACCUGCUCCUCUGCCUUCUAACAAGCAGGAUGCAGAGAGCUCAAAGGGUUUGACGAAAUCGGUGCCGCCGACCGAGGCUCGAGAGUCUCCCAUUGGGAUGGCACAAUCUCCAGUGCCAGUGUCCACACAGUCUAGUCCUGCUCCUUCUUCACAGAGCCUUUCACAUCCCAAUGGUUCCAGCCCAAGUCUUGCUGCCUCCACACUCCAUAGACAAAGCAGUCUCAGGGGACUUGUGAUGCCUCUGCCUCGUUCCACAUCUACCGAGGGCACUCCCACUCUUCCCACACGCAGUGGAGUCAAAAGACCCGCUCCUCAGCCUCCUCGCCCAAAUGUUCCCGGUUUAUCAGGCCCGCUUCUGCCAGCCAGGGGACGUGCAGGACCCGCAGACGGGAGCAGCAGCACCAGCAGCACCAACAGCAACAACUCCCAGAAUGGGCCAUUGUCAUCUAGUCUCCAGCAAAAGGCACCUCAGCUGCCACCCAAACGAAGCACCUCAAAGCCAGAUUCAAACGCGCCACCUCACACAGAUGAGAAACCGGCGGACAAUUCGGUGUGGUACGAGUACGGCUGCGUCUGAGCGGCAUCCGGCAUUGUGAUAGAGUCUGUUUCGUCGAGUCUCGUCCACUUAUAGCCCCUGACAAUCGUGAAGCAUGUCACCGUCCCAUAUUGUGAUGCUUGGUCUGUCUGUUUUUUUCGGUGUUUUCCUCGUCCAUUCACGUACCUGAGAUUUAAAAUAAUCGUAGCAAUCGGUCGAGACCCACAUUCGAGUCAGGUCCAAAGAUGUGUCGAAUAUGAAGAGGUUGAACAUAGAGAGGCAUUCCCACUGAUGUACAAGUAUGGCUUUUCUUCGCACUGGAGUGAUUUCGGUCCAAAGAAUUCUGACAGGGAAGGAAGGUAGUUUUUUUUUAUUAAUCAGGGAAUCGAGAUGUGUAAG